CAGACAGGAGGAGCGAGCCAGUGCCAAAGCCAUGGCCCUCCUGGGGAGAUGCUGGGGCGCCCAGCCGGGGCGCCCGGAGCGCCCCCUGCAACGGCUUCUUGGGCUGCUGCUGCUGGCGAUGGCUGGGCUGGACCCCCGGGCCGGGGCAGGAGCUCUGGCAGAUCCCCCCGCCUUGGUCACCCGGCCCAUGGCCCUGGAGGAGGAGAUCGUGUCCGAGAAGGCGGCCGAAGCCAGCCACCGCCAAGACAGCGCCAACCUGCUCAUCUUCAUCCUCCUGCUCACCCUCACCAUCCUCACCAUCUGGCUCUUCAAGCACCGCCGGGCGCGCUUCCUCCAUGAGACCGGGCUGGCCAUGAUCUACGGUGUCUUGGUGGGUGUUGUCCUUCGUUAUGGUAUCCACAUUCCCAGUGAUGUCAACAAUGAGACCUUAAAGUGCCAGUUGCAGACAAGCCCUGCCACUCUGCUCCUUAACGUCAGUGGAAAGUACUACGAAUAUACCCUCAAGGGGGAAAUCAGCCCCCAUGAACUGAAUAACGUUCAGGAUAAUGAGAUGCUCAGAAAGGUGACAUUUGACCCAGAAGUGUUUUUCAACAUCUUGCUUCCUCCAAUUAUAUUUUAUGCUGGAUACAGCUUAAAAAGGAGGCAUUUCUUCCGGAACCUGGGAUCCAUCCUGGCAUAUGCGUUUCUAGGAACAGCAAUCUCCUGUUUUGCAAUAGGAUCCAUCAUGUAUGGCUGUGUUGCUCUGAUGAAAGUAACAGGACAGCUUGGAGGAGAUUUCUACUUUACUGAUUGUCUCUUGUUUGGUGCCAUUGCUUCAGCUACUGAUCCAGUGACUGUGCUUGCCAUAUUCCAUGAGCUUCAAGUUGAUGUUGAGUUGUACGCCCUUCUCUUUGGUGAAAGUGUUCUCAACGAUGCAGUCGCCAUUGUGCUGUCUUCUUCAAUUGUAGCUUACCAACCAGCAGGGGACAACAGCCACACUUUUGAUGUCACAGCAAUGUUCAAGUCCAUUGGGAUUUUCUUGGGGAUAUUCAGUGGAUCAUUUGCAAUGGGAGCUGCCACCGGAGUUGUCACUGCUUUGGUCACUAAGUUUACUAAACUCCGCGAAUUCCAGCUGUUGGAAACGGGCUUGUUUUUCCUGAUGUCUUGGAGCACCUUUCUGUUAGCCGAAGCUUGUGGCUUUACAGGUGUGGUAGCCGUGUUGUUUUGUGGCAUCACUCAGGCGCACUACACUUACAACAACUUGUCCACAGAGUCCCAGCACAGAACGAAGCAGCUGUUUGAGCUUCUCAACUUCUUGGCGGAGAACUUCAUCUUCUCCUACAUGGGCCUUACGUUGUUCACGUUCCAGAAUCACGUCUCCAAUCCAACAUUUGUAGUAGGAGCUUUCCUGGCAGUAUUCUUGGGAAGAGCUGCAAACAUUUAUCCUCUAUCCUUUCUCCUUAAUUUGGGAAGAAGAAACAAGAUUGGGACAAAUUUUCAGCAUAUGAUGAUGUUUGCUGGCCUGCGUGGUGCUAUGGCCUUUGCGUUGGCCAUUCGGGACACUGCCACCUAUGCGCGGCAGAUGAUGUUCAGCACUACGCUUCUGAUCGUGUUUUUCACUGUCUGGGUCUUUGGAGGUGGCACCACAGCCAUGCUCUCAUGCCUGCAUAUUAGGGUUGGCGUAGAUGCAGAUCAGGAGAACUUGGGGGUGCCGGAAAGUGAAAGAAGAAGCACAAAAGCAGAGAGUGCCUGGCUGUUCAGGUUGUGGUACAACUUUGAUCAUAACUACCUGAAACCUCUCCUGACGCAUAGCGGCCCUCCUCUUACAACUACACUCCCGAGCUGCUGUGGGCCUAUUGCACGGUGCUUGACAAGCCCACAAGCUUAUGAGAAUCAAGAGCAGCUGAAGGAUGAUGACUCAGAUCUUAUUUUGAAUGAUGGAGACAUCAGUCUGACAUACGGGGAUUCCACCGUGAAUACAGAUUCUCUAACAUCGGGCACAUCUAGAAGAGCAGCAGGAAACGGUUCCGAGGAUGCUCUGGACCAGGAGCUUGGUUUUGGGGACCAUGAACUUGUCAUACGGGGUACACGCUUAGUUCUCCCGAUGGAUGACUCAGAGCCUCCUUCAAACGUAGUAGAUAACGCAAGACAUGGCCCAGCGUAAGAUCGUUGCUGAAUAUGACUGGCAGUCAAAAAAAAUCCAUGUAUGAUCAUGAAGAAAAAUGUACUACCUUUGACAAAAACCUACUGCAUGUCUCAGAAUGUCUUAAGCUGUAUAAAUAUUAUUUAUUUAUAUGGUGUCAGGAGAAUAUAACUAUCCGUACGAGACAACUUGUGAAGAGCAAGGUGUUAAUUUUGUAAGUUUAAACAAAACAGCUCAUGGACUGCACUGUGUAGGGUGGAACUGUUUUAGAACAAAAUUCUGUUGUGUGGAGGCGAGCUUUUUAUUUUAAAAAAAAAGUGGAAGGGUGUUGGAUAGCAUCCUUUUCAACUAUAAAACUACAAUCUGCUUUGCUGAGGACUUUCACAAUUUGACCUAGUGCUUGUCCAACUGCAAUAAGGAGGGAGGCAUAAUUUUCGGCAAGCCUAUUGUAGGUGGCGAAAAACAUUUAGCUACCCAAGAGAUUCUCUUGAGAGGGUGACUACUUUUGAUUCUUUAAGCUGCUGUAAGAAUUGGCAUAGUAAAUCUUGUUGGUCUCUGUCUGAUGUUCCUAGACCUACAGCCUUCGCUUAUGGUCAGCUGAUAGAAGUUGAGAUAGGGCUGCAUUGAGCAGAUCAAGCUGUUACUUGGUAACUGGAUGAUGGCUUGUUGAGGGAGCCGUUUGCAGCCCUCUUCCAGGUGCACUACGAGGCCAGAGGAGAGGUGCACUACAAGGCCAGAGCAGAUACUUAGGAAAUCAGUUAUUUGAGUUCAAAGUUGCAUUGUAAGUUUCGUUUUGUUUUUGUCUUGUUAAACAUUUCUCACUCACCUUGUCCUGUGUAGGAUCAGGGGCAGGUUCUGAACUAUGAAAAAGUCAGAACUGGCAGAGUACAAUUUGUCACUCGGAGGAACAGGCAGUGUUUUCUAGAGCAGGUAAGGAAAGUACAAAGAGAUUACUAGGUUCUUUGGGCUUCUAGCUCAGCAGCUGUGUUGUGUCAAAGAUUUCUUCUUAUUGCAUAGCUGCUAAAAAGACAGUUGAAGUUACUGAUCUGGUACAGUUCCACUCUAUAUCAUGGAGUCUGGCACAUAAGUAAGAUUUGAGACUCUGUGUGCGGGUUUUUAAAAGAGGCAUUUAGUAUAUUAAGUGGUACUGAAAGGGAGUUGUCUGUCCGUCCAUCCUGUAUAGUUGCACUUUUUUUUCAGUAACUCCUUUGCAUGCUUGUGUGUCUAUAAAAAAAAGACUUGAUUUUUGUUCUUGCAUCUCUUUCCUGUUUAAUGAGAAAUGUUCGUAAGCUGCCAUUGUUUCUUUACAGUUGUUACAUUUGUUUUGCCGAAAAAGAGCACUGAACAAUUUGCUGUUAUUGCACUUGGUAUAUUCAGCUUUGUUUUGCAAUUAUCUUUUUUUUUUCUUAAAGGUGCAGUGGGUGGUUUUGAGAAGUGAAGAAUUCUGAGUGUUUGUUUUCUACAGAGAAAACAGCUGCAUUAUGAAACCUUUAUUGUACAAUUCCUACAUUUUUACUUUCAGACGUACUUUAUUUUGACUUUCAGACGUAGCCCCUGAUGAAUCUUCUCAUAAUCAGAGGUAUUAUGGGGCUGAUCUAAACUGAACAUUCACUUCCUUAACACAGGAGCAUGAUUACCAUGACCACCCCCAAGAGUGUAGGACCUGAUUGUGAUCUGAAGUUGCACAUCAUUUUUGAGGUCUUUGAGAAGUUCUAGAACUGUCUCUUUAGUUGUGCUUCAGAUUCUUUAAAGGGCCUGUGCAUGGGACUUUCCAGUGAGAAAUCUCGUCUUAAUUGUGAGUGUUGACUGUAAGCACACCCCCUCUCUUCUACUGAAGAAAAAGUAACGGUUGAAUUGGCCACUGCUGUCUUCGUCUAAAUGAGGGAUCUCCAUGAUUAUUCCCAUACUUUUGUGGGCCUGGUCAGGUUGCUAUAAAGAUCACACACAUUCAGAUAAAUGUGCUGUGCCCUAGUUUGCACAUUUAUUUCUCUCCGCAGUUGGGCCACAGCAGAACUUGAGAUCAGUACCAAGUUCUGAUUUCUGUCUUGGAAGUAAUGAAAGAAGAGACCCAACAUUUCUCACUUUUAAAAGAUUUCUCCCUUUGGUUUCAUUUGGCUUUUAUCAUUGGAUAAUUAGCUCUGGUGUUUCCAGCGCUGCACCCGGACUAGGAGAACUCUCAUCCGGAAGAUAUUAAGGGAAGGUAUUAUUUUACAGCCAAGAAAACAUAUUACUUUAUUUCUGUGUUAAGUUUUACAUUCUCAGGUCUGAAUAACAUGCCUUAAGUAUAUUUCAGUGAAAUGUCCAGUUUUCCCAUGAUCAUAGAUUCUUUUCUUCCUGUAAGAGCAUUUCCAGUAAGCUUUCUGGACACAACAAGCCAGAAUGUCUUCUGUGCAGGCCCAAUGAAAUGAAGGGGGAUUUCUCAAGAAUGGCCUGAUUUGUUGCCCUAUGGCUUGUGCUAGAAGUAGGACCUCCAUUGCACUCCAAAAAUGGCAGUUUUACUUGUUAUCAUAGGAGCUUGUUGUUUAGUGCCAGUAUGUCUUUUCUUUUUUUCCUGCUAUGCAGGAAUUCCAUGAAGAGGUGUGUGUUUGUGAGUGUGUGUGUUUUAUAUGAUGUCUGAAACUUAACAUCAGAUGUUUAAAAAAGAAGCAUUUUCAUAUGUUGAGGUAUUUUUACAUCUCUUAUACAUUACUCACUUCUUUUAUUCUAAGACUUUUCCAGACACGAGACAGCCUCUUUUUUAUUUUUAGGUCUUCUGAUGACUAAUAAGUAGGUUUACAAAAGAUCCCCAUCUGAUACUGUAGAAUGUUGUCAAGCAGACCUACUGCACAAAUCUGCUUCUAGUAAGAGCAUAUAUUGGAUUCUUAGGGCUUGAUCCUGCCUAAUGUUUUUCACUGACAGAAGGGAGGCGGAAAUUACGCUCAUUUUACCACUCUCAUUGCAGACCCCUGACCUCGUAUUGUCUCCCAUUCAUAGAAUUUGGGGGGCAUUUGGGCCUGCAGUGAGAUGGUUGAGGUGAGAAAGUCACACUCUGCUAACAAAAAUCCUUCUGCCAGUGGUAAUUUUCAUUGGGAUUCAAGCCAUUAUCUCCCCCCCACACACCUGACUUGGAGGGCUGCAUAUAUCCAAUGGGUUCCUGCUUAUAUGCAGUGAGCCUUAUUUGUGCAAACAUAUUCAAAGUUAAUAAGAGAAGGCAGCAAUUCUAGAUUCAUGCAUGCCCUUUCAUUCUCCCAGAAGAGGAAUUGACACAUGAUCCAGAGGCCAUUUGUCCUACUGGGAAAGUUCCUAGUGGGGUACGGCCUUGGAAGGCUGAUGGCAGCCAGAAACAAGGGAAGCCAAGGCCCAGCAGCUCUGCCAGUGCUUUAGGAGUCACUCAUCUCAGGUCCUUCUGCAGCCACUGUGAUCAGGAAGCUCACCAGUCACCCCUUCCUAUAUCAUCAACAACCAGUGGCAGUGCAGAUACAGGAAACUAGUGAGCUGAUCAUUGGGUCUGAGCUGAGCGGCCCCUGCAGUGCUGGUUCUGGCUUGUUACUGGACCCUUUAAAUUUCCUGGUCCACAUCUGUACACUACAGUACUGGAUUUUCUGCAUGUAUUAUCUGUGCUACAGUUGGGAGACUUAGGGAGAUUUUGGAUGCAGGUGUGAACUGGGUACUGUGUCAGAUGCUCUGUUUGCUUCUUGGGGAGAGAUGGCUUACUCCAUUUCGUACUGAGUACAAAGAUGUUCAUACAAACAGAGUCUCAGUGGUGUCUGCUUUGCCCUUGCUAGCAGAAAUGAGACUUUUAGGUGACCCACAUACGGUGGGGAUUGAGUUGCUCAGUUGCAUAGGAGCAGUUAGUUGAAGUGCAGUAUAGAUGGGGAUUUAAAUUCACUUGCACAACAAUCAGCAGUCGCUGAUUGAAACUAAGGGUGGGUCAUAGAUGCUGGUCUUGAAAAGACAGUCAAAUAUGCCACCAUUGUGCUACCAGGCAAGCAUUUUGUAACAGUGCUCCAAUACAGGCACUUUCCCAAAAUAAUGGCAGUUGAAUGUAAUUAAUUUCCUUUGGAGCAUUCCCUUUCUAACUUCAGUAAACUAAAGUCUGUUGCCGUAACUUCUGUAAAUUAUGACACAAAUUUUUUUACAUGUAGUCGAAGAGUUGGUCUGAGUAAUUCCUCUCCCAUGCACAUUCAUUUCCCCUGUACUAGUCUGAGUACAAGGGAAAUGGAUGUGUGUCUAUAUUCCCCGUUUUUGUCUCAUAUGUUACCUUUUUGGCAAGUUUAUGUCAACAUGCCAUUAUAGUUCCAGAUUUUUCACGCCAGUAAUAAUUUUAACUGCUUAUAGAAUUAGCAUUCUGUAGUCAGGGUGGCUGCUUUGAGCCUCAAUUUUUUUUGCAUGUGAACAGUUUUUUAAAAGAGGCUUUUAACAUUGGAACUAAAUAAAGUCUAUGUAAUCACCCAGAGACAAUUAACAAUAAGUAGUAUUUAUUAAUUUCUUUGUUAUUGCAGCCACACAUUUCUUCUGUUCAUUUCCCCCAGGGGUCUCUGCACCCAAAGUUCUUAAUGACCUCACAUGCAGCUGUGGGAACCUAUUACCUCUUGAGACCAGGGUUAAGAGCCCUUCUAGGCAGUGUUUGCCUCGGGCAUAUUCUUGAUACAGGUUUAGGAAAGUCCUUUCCUUCAAAAAGUCUGUUCUAUAACUCAAAUUGAUCCUCCCCACUUCCCUGAAUCAAAAGACUUAAGUCAAGUUCUGGUUUACUCUAAAUACUGUUGGAAUUGUCUGUUUUUAUGGUAUUAACUGCUAUAGUUGUGGUGUUCUUGUGAUUAUAUUCUUAAUAAGCAUAAUUGCACCUACUUUUGUUCAUGGCAACUAAAUCUUUUAUUGUUACUUGCACUGUGAAAAAGAAUCAUGGGCCUAUAAAAACAAGUUUGUUUCUUUGA